GCGUCAGAAGGCCAGACAGGAAGGGACAUGUCAUGCUCCGGCCCCUAGCCCAGGUCCUUCCAGGCCCUCAGCAUCGUCAAAUUAUCAGCUCGGUCAUGAAGAGAAAGCUUGCCCAAUCCGCAUGUGCAAGUCGCUUCCCACCAUCCGCACGAUUAAGACCCAACAAUGCCAUGGCGGCUGACGCAUCUACCAUCCAACUUCAACUCACCGAGCGAGAACGCCAACUUAGGGAUCUUCUCAUUGAUGUUUCUAAAUUCAUCAACAUCAAUGAUCAACUGCCAGAACCACUGAUUUUGCGGUGGGCUGGUGGCUGGGUCCGUGAUAAGCUUCUCGGCACGACUAGUCACGAUAUUGAUGUGGCCAUCAAUGUUAUGACUGGCCUCCGUUUUGGCGAGAGGCUGCGAGAAUACUGCGAUGUGCCCGAACUUGCAUCGCGGCACGGUAUCGAGCCUGACGAUAUUGGUAACCUCCACCGCAUCGCUGCCAACCCUGAGAAAUCUAAAAAUCUCGAGACCACAACAGUAAAAGUCUUUGGACUUGACCUCGACUUCGUCAAUCUUCGCACAGAGACGUACGCCGAAGACAGCCGGAACCCUGCCAUAGAUUUCGGCACAGCCGAAGAGGAUGCUUUGCGGCGGGAUGCGACAGUCAACGCCCUGUUCUUCAACUUGCACACCGAGAGGGUCGAGGAUUUCACAGGCGGCCUAGCUGAUAUGCGUGACCGGCUCAUCCGCACACCUUUAGAACCAUUCCAGACUUUUAUGGAUGAUCCUCUUCGAGUUCUCAGACUGGUUCGUUUUGCCAGUCGGCUCGGUUUUGCCAUCGACCCAGCUGCAAGAGAUGUCAUGGCCGACCCAAAUGUCUUGGCUGCCCUGCGCAUCAAAAUCAGCAGGGAGCGAGUGGGUGUAGAGUUGGAGAAGAUGAUGAAGGGCCAUGAUCCCCAUCGCGCUCUUCAACUCAUUGACGAAUUGGGCCUCCACCAUGCUAUCUACACAGAUACUGCUCGUGCUGAUAUCCCUCAUCCAAUGUUGUCCAAAUGGCAUAUUGCCUAUGGGCUUCUGAGGCUUCUCGAGCGCAGCAAAGCACCGGGAUCCAUACAUGACGUCCUAGUUCGUACGGACGAGGAUGUAUAUCAUUCGUGGAUGUUAGCUUCACUCGUGCCCUAUGCGCAUCUAACCGACCCCCGCGCCGACGCUCUUAACAGAGGGAGGCCAUCUUUACCACUUGCUACCACGGUUGCACGUGAGGGCGCAAGAGUACCCAACAAACUCUGCGAUGUGAUAACAGCGGCGCACCGUAAUCAUUCUGAGAUCCUUGGUCUCAAGAGAGACGUAUGCGCUGGGCGUGAGAUUGGAAGUCAAAGAGAUACACUUGGUAUGACCAUCCGAAAAUGGGAAUCCCGCGAGUCACACUGGAAGCUGCAGGUCCUCAGCACUAUACUCCUCGAUGCCAUGGACCACCUGCCGGACUUCGAUAUCAACAAGGGUGGGUUGAACACAUACGUGAGGUUCUUCUUGUCGAGAAAGCUAACGUUGGAUCCAGUGUCGAGAGAAUGUCAUGACUUGCUAUCUGGUUGGCAGACGUUUCUUGAUCACCUGACUGACGAGGGCUUGAUGGAUGUUACAUCAAUUAAGCGGCUUGUAGACGGCAAAUGCUUAGGCAAGCAUCUUGGUCUCAAGCCAGGGAAAUGGAUGGGUGCUGCUUUGGAGGUAUGCCUGGCGUGGCAAUUGCGACAUCCUGAAGCUACGGAUCCCACGGGCGCCAUUGAGGAGGUACGGAAGAGGAAGCACGAGUUGCGGAUAGACGGAUUAUCAUGA